UCUCGCACCGCGCGACUCAGCGACUCAGCCGUUCUGACUUCAAAUUUCGCGGAGCUGAAACGACCUGAAUCGGAGGAAAUGCGGCGGCAAAACCUUUUCCCGGGAAAUCCGGACUUCGACCAGAGCUUCUCAGCCGACGAGGAGGACAUCGACGGCGACCUGUCGGAUGACUGCGUCUCGUUAGGCGCGCACGCCGAGAGAGAGGACGGACUGCAAAUUCUGUCUCAGCUGGAAAAACUUAGAGAUGCAGGAGAAACUUCUGCUGUUUGGAGCUCUGUUAAACCAUUUGAGGGGCAAGCCGAGUUCCCUCUGGAGGACGAGGUUGAAGUUCCUGAUUUUGGCAAUGACCAUCGCUUCAGCUGCUCUCCAAAGAGUGAAUUCAUGCGCUGCACUGCAGAUGAUGACGAAAUGAUAUCUGAUGAUGAGGAAAGUUGCUUGCAUGCUAAACUUUCCACUCGGUCAAGUCAUGGAAAGAUUCAGGAAGUUGACUUUCAUGCCUCUGUAACGAAAGAGAAGGAAUCGCCAACACUCUCUGUUGUAGUCAAAGAUGCCGGAGAAUCAGUCCACCCUAUUCAAAGUGCUUCAUGUUCAUUGGGACAUGCUACCCGCUCUAGAGCAAACCACUGUUCUAAAGCUUCCAAAGGCAAAGCCAAGGCAAAAUUGUCAUUUGGCUUUCGCCGCAAGGAUGAACACUUGUCCUGUAUUGUGCGGGAUGAAAUUGGGGGUUCACAAAAAGUAUGUGAACAGCCUGAAAUACGUGAAGAUGUGAAGGGAAUAGAUCCGGGCUAUCAUGGUGUAGAUGCCUCUGAUGAUUUCGAUCAAGAAGAAAAUGAAGAUUCAGAAGUCAUGCCGUCCAAUGCGCUACUUCUUGGACAUCGAUAUGCUAAGCAUUCUAUGGCUGACCUUCUAGAUGGACUCCAUGACAGCAGUAGCCUUCCAAAUUCUGGUAGAAAAAGACAGCCUAGGAUGGGCUUUGCAAACAAGAGAAGUACAUUUUCUACGGGACAAGGAAAGCCGGAUGAUGAAGGGGAGCUCGAGGCAAUGGAUAGUAAAUCACCUAGUGAAGAUGAAAGCAACUUAGAUGAGCUGAAGCUUCCUGCGGCAUAUCGUAAACGACAAAGCAUGGCAGAUUGCAUUCAGCAAGUUUUAGAUUCUACUCCUUUGGACAGUGGAAGUGCUCUUAUCACAGUUCCGAAGUCAUCAGGCGUUGGACUAUUUGGAAAAUUGCAACAGGUCAUGCAGGUUGAAAAGGAGAGCGAGCAGGAAUUCUUGAAGAGGCUGCAGGCUGGUGCCAGUGCAAGUAGAUCAGGCUUCAUUGAUGUAAUGAUCCUGUCAAAAAACUUGGAUGCAAAGCUCACAGUUUGUCUUUGCUCUCUGGAACAGAACCAAGAGGGAACCCUAUCCUCACAUUGUAGUCAGGCAGAUUUAACAGGAAGAAAGAGGACUGUAAUUUUUAACCCAAGAAUUUGCAACGAUGUUGAUCUUGAAAUUGGAAACCUGAUUCGCAUUUAUUCCCCUUGGAAGGAGGUUCAAGUCAUGGGCUAUGAGAAGGGCAUUAUUUUGUCCACGUGCUUUUCUCAUGUAUCAGUUGGACUUGAGGUUUGACCAAGGAGGUGACAGCAUAACCUUCCCGGGUAGUUCAUUUGAUUGAUCUGUCAACACUUUCUGUUCAUCUUUUCGAAGUUGAGGCACAAUCAAAGGCGAAAUCUAUGGUUGCAUAAUCCCCUGUACUUGUUUAUGUUUUUCACAUCCUCUUUUUUUUUUUGUCCGUUUUCUUUUCUUUGUUAAGUCAAGUCUUUCACAUAUCCUGUGAUGGCAGCUGCCAGAUAAUGCAAUAUCUCUGGAGUGGAGUCUUACAUGGGGUCUAUAAUUAAAACUUAACAUAAAUGAAAGGAGCGUUGGUUUGAAGAGAUUGGUUUCUAGAGUGAAAUUUUCUCACUAGGACGAGGAGUUUGCAUGAACUUCUUUUU